AUGGCACACCCGACUUCUCCAGAGCCGGGCGCGACCCGCAUGGUCGAGAUUCAUCCCACCGGCAUAACGGAGCUCUAUGUCCCCUCUUCUCCAAUUGCUGAUAUCUGCUUCGUCCAUGGCUUCACCGGUCACCCCAAACUCGCCUGGCAGUCCAAGAAACGAACGAAACGACAAGCACCGACGAGUGGAUCCAGUAAUCCCUUCAAACGCAGGCUCGUCGACUCGUUCAUUCGGCCGAAAUCUCAAAGCAAUACCAGCGAUAGCUUGGAUGUUCCAGAGGCAACGUCUGAGAGACCUGGACAUGUCUAUUGGCCAAGAGAUUUAGUGCCACACAUCGUCCCCGAAGCCCGAGUGCUGACCUUUGGAUACGAUACUCACAUCCGACACUCCCUUUCCAGCCCAAACAGUGCGAAUCGGCUAAUCGACCAUGCCAACGACUUUCUUUCCGCUCUCGAAGCCUGUAGACGAGAUCCAACACGCCCGUUGAUAUUUGUCGCCCAUAGCCUAGGGGGUCUGCUUGUCAAGGAUACAUUGAGACUUUCGAAGGGCUAUGCGCAACACCAACCGGAUCGUUCGUUAGUAUACGAAUCUACGACCAACCUGUUGUUCUUUGGCACACCACAUGCAGGGGCAGACCCUCUUAACAGCACAUUCCGAGCUCUCACCAACCUAUUGCAGGUGCUCGGUUUGAGGGUCAACCAUGAGAUCGUACAGACUUUAAUGCCCGCUGCUGAGCGAUUGAUCCUCUUGAGGGAUGAUUUCCAAUCAAUGAUCAAUGAGAACGACUGGGUUGUCCAUACAUUCCAGGAAGAGCUUGCACACACCGUGUUAUCUCGCAAGAUCGUGGAAGACUCAUCUUCUUGCAUCAACGAUCGCCGCCAGGAGAGGGUGGUCCACAUCCACGCAGAUCAUGUCGACAUGUGCAGAUUUAGCGGGAACGAUGAUCCCGAGUUUCGGAAGGUUGCAGCAGAGCUCCGCAGGGUCGACGAAUCUCUAUUAUCGAGGAAGAGUGGAACAGCUCAGGACGUUUGCGCUGAUGGAUCCUUUGACGGUACGUUACAACCAGAAAGGUCAAUCCCGACACCGGAGCAGAGAGAAAAACUUAUCGAGAUGCUGUCUUUCGACGGUAUCGACGCUAGGUACAUGACUCUGAGAACCGCCCAGACGAAAACUUGCCAGUGGCUCCCAAAGCACAGCGAAUACAAGGCAUGGCAGAACCCGACUCAAAUGCAGGACCACCAUGGCUUUCUCUGGAUCAAAGGAAAGCCCGGAGCCGGAAAAUCAGUGAUGAUGAAGUACCUACUUCAAAAUGCCAGAAGGGCCAAGAAAAGGGGCGCCGUCAUCUCGUUCUUCUUCAAUGCAAGGGGGGGCAACCUGGAACGAUCUGUUAAAGGACUUUACCGGUCACUAUUGUCCCAGCUGCUCAGGUUUGGAGAUGAGCUACACAUCGAUCCAGAUCUACUGGAGUUGCUGCUGGGCUUUGAGGAUGACAAGCCCUGGCCCAUCGAGACCUUAAAGGAAGCAAUUGGGUCGGUAGUGGAGCACCUCGGUACAGGCCAACUAUGCUGCUUCAUCGAUGCCUUGGAUGAAUGUCCGGAGGACGAGAUUCGCGACAUGAUAUUGUUUUUCGAAGACGUUGGAGAGAAAGCAGCCCAAGCAAACUCCCAUUUUCGACUGUGCUUCUCUAGUCGACACUACCCCUACAUCGCUAUUCGAAAAGGGCUGCAAAUUGUCCUGGAGGACGAAACCGACCAUGCUGAUGAUAUCCGGCACUACAUCUCUUCAAAGCUCAGAAUAGGUCUACCAGCAGCCAGGCCAGCAAUAGAGGUCGACAUUUUCGAACGAUCUUUCAAUAUCUUCCUCUGGGCGGCAUUGGUUGUCGACAUCCUUAACAGGGAACAUGACAAGGGCAGAAAUCUCAACGCAUGGAGCCGCUUGAAGCAGAUACCGACUGGGCUACAUGAGCUAUUUCAGGAUAUCCUGACUCGAGAUACCGAGAACCUAGAUCAGCUUGUGCUCUGUAUCCAAUGGGUUCUCUACGCGAAAAGACCAUUGCGGCCCGAAGAACUGUAUUUCGCCUUGCAUCUCGGUAUUGAUCCUAUCUCAAGCGCCGAUUGGGACGAGAGGUCUAUCUCAAUGGGCCAAAUCAAUCGAUUCAACCUCGACGUCUCCAAAGGGCUUACGGAAGUAACAAAGAAGAAGCCGGUAGUUCAGUUCAUCCAUGAGUCUGUUCGCGACUACCUCCUGCGGGACAACGGUCUCCAAACCCUACUUGAGCACCGCACAGACGUGCGCGGUUUCGGCGAGGGAUAUAGCCAAGAUGCCCUCAAAAACAGCUGCCUCACACAGAUGCGCCAGUAUCUUUCUUCUCCCGGGAUCGAGUCCUAUACGCAUACCGCGGACUCAGCCCAGAAUGCAGCAUUUGACCAAGCAGAGUUCCUGUCGAUAUUCCCAAGAGGGUCAUGGAUCAAGCUUGACAACAUGCUGCAAAAGUAUCGAAUUCGACGCCACUCCAUAGAGGCACACCUACUCUACAUCCUUGCGGAACAGAACUUGGCAAAUCUGAUCAGCAUACACCCGGAGCGACAUCAUACUCUGGUCAUCGAGGCCAAGACAGAAAGAUACCCGUCGCCCCUCUGCGCGGCCAUGGCAUUGGGACAGCACGACGCCAUUCGCAGUCUGACCCUUGAAGCUGCCAUCGCUGCCACAUCGGAAGGUGACAAGGACCUCAUAUUCCGUGUACGAGAAGAAUUGAGCAACUUGUCUCAUCUAAAGUCUGAUCUGGAUGGGAAGCAUUGGAGGUCGAUAGACUUGCUCGAAUGUCUCCUACGUAUUGGGAGUCAGUCUCUGGUUGGUGCUCUGUGGUACGGUGUUCUUGGAAAUCCGGAAGACGCGCUCGCCAAGAUUUCAAUAGAUGCGCCCUUUGCAUUUUCCCAGUGCUUGAUCCAGAAUGGGGCACGGGUCGACGUUCCACGGCAACCGAGCCGCCUGAACAUUCUAGGAGAGGCUGUAGGAAGCGAGAGACUCGACCUAGUAAGGCUCCUCCUGUCCCUGGGCACAAAUUCCUAUCGCACUAGUGAGAUCGUGCUCAGCUUGCCAGAACUGGCGGGAAUCAGCGAGAUGGCCAAGUUUUUUCUCGAGCACGAUGCUAGCCCCGGCUUUGCGGACCAUUGGGACAAGGUGCUUUUCAAAGCGAUGAACGAAAAUCGAUCCGAUUUAGUAGCGCCGCAGUAA